CAUUACCCAAAAGUAGGAACUCAACCCCGGCAACCGCCGCCCUUCUGCUGACAACCGAACCCUGCACCAAAACCCUGGCGCAUACGCCACUGCAGCAGCGCACGUCCUAAAAUAUCCAGUCUUGGCAAGUGUAGCUUUGGUGUAUCAAACGCACGGGCGGAAAUUCCCUCAUUCAACAUUGUCGACAAGGAGCGGCACGGUAGCGAAGGCGAGGUGUCAUUGAAGUAUCUGUCCAAUUCCAACCAAAAGGGCGUCCAAGAAGGUAUAAGUAGAGCCUGGUAAAACUCACACGCUGGUAGUAUCCCCCUCAAAGAAUUUCUACAUACCUCGUUAUAUGCGAAAUAGUCCUAUUACUGGUCCGCACAAAAUACGCCUGGCUAUGGCACCUUACGACGACACUACAGCGGCCACGCGCUUCGAUUCUUUCAAUGUCUACGAGACACACUUCAAGCAGAUCGGCGACCACAAGAUCAAGGUCGCUAUCUUAGUGCCCAAAGAUUUGAAACCAGGCAAGGUUCCCUUGGCUGUCAAGUUCCACGGCGGUGGUCUCGUCGUGGGUGAUGCGCUGUUCCCAGACUGGAUAGCAGCAUUUUGGGUCCCCUUCAUGCACCGGAACAACGCCAUCACUAUUCUUCCGAACUAUCGUCUUGUCCCAGAAUCCAGCGGGGCGGAUAUCCUCGAGGACCUGGCAGAUUUCUGGUCGUGGUUCAACGACAAGGGCGUCGACAAAUAUCUCACGUCUCAAAACGUCAACGUCGACCUUGAUUACAAACACCUACUUGUCUCGGGAGAUUCGGCUGGUGGAUACAUGGCCCUGCAGUCCGGUCUCACCAGGCCUGAAGGUGAGAUCAAUGCGAUACUUGCGCAGUAUCCGAUGACGAACCAUACUCGUCGCUCACCGGAAGAUUCGAUGCUGGGAAUGCAGACCCCGUCCAGGGAGUGGAUGGACGAGAAACUGGCGAGCUUGCUUACCCCGGGCGCUAUCACGUCUUCUGCUCACCCUUACAAGACUGAUCGUUUUGGAUUGUCGAUGGCACUGAAUGCCUACGGACGGUACAACGAGUUCUUUGGCGAGGGAGAGCGACUUUGGCCGAUCACUGCGGUAAAAUCCGUCAAAUUUGUGCCGCCUACUACAAUCUUCCAUGCUCUUGGAGACAGUGCUGUGAAGUUCCAAGACAGUGUGGACUUUGUUGAGAGGACCAAGAGUGUUGUUCCUGGCGUGGAAAUCCGACUUGCGUACGGAAAGGAAGGUGAUCAUGGUUUCGAUGGCGCUUUGAAAGAGGACGAGGAGCCCUGGCUGAAGGAGGAGCUGCAGUGGGUCGAGAGCAGGUGGCUUUUUUAGACAGCUGCAGUGCUUACUCACCACUAUCAACCCACUGUACUCUUUUUUAGACUACCCACUCUUCUCUAGCCUGGCCUUCAUCCACUCCUCUAUGACAGUCUGAUGCUUUCCCUUCACACCCUGUUCCAGCAUGACGCUCAAAAUAGGCUCAAUAUGCGCUCUCUCCGGACUUUGCACGAACACGACGUUUUCACACUCGUCUCCCCCAUCCUCGUCUCCCCCUUGGCACCAUCCUUCACGGAAGACCCACUCAAAAUCCGCAAUCGCAUCUGCGAAGAGCUCAUUUCCACCGGACCAGACAAGCACUUCGCUGACAACACGGGGGAGCCCUUUCCACCAAGACGGGUCGUUGUGCAGA